AGCCAAAGGUCAUUCCGUUGUUGGUCUUCCACUACAUAGAGUUCUGUGCUAUUGCUGUGUGUGAAGAAAGAAAACGAAGAAUAAAUAAGCGUAAGAAACAUGAACGUGGCUUCGUCAAUGGCGAAUCUCACAUUCUGAGCUCCCGAGUCAGCUCGUUCAUUGAGUCGCGCCACCGAAUCAGAUCUUUCAAAAAUGUUCGACGGCCUCCUCGGUCGGGGAUUCGCCGCGAAAUGCAAAUCGUUGAUUAAACAGACGAAGAAUCGGAUCGAUGUGAUAAGGAGGAGGAGGAAGGCGACGGAGAAGUUUCUUAAGAGAGACAUCGCUGAUCUGCUUGCGAAUCGCUUAGAGGACAAUGCUUACAACAGAGCUGAAGGGUUGAUUGCUGAGUUGACACUGUCAUCUUGUUAUGAUUUUAUUGAGCAAUCAUGCGAUUUUGUGUUGAAACACCUCUCAGUGCUGCAGAAACUAAGUGGAUGCCCUGAGGAAUGUAGGGAGGCUAUAUCCACUCUGAUGUUUGCCGCGGCAAGAUUUUCUGAUUUACCAGAGUUGCGUGAUCUUCGGCAAAUGUUUCAGGAGAGAUACGGGGACCUAGAAUGUUAUGUUAAUCAAGAGUUUGCAGCAAAUUUGAAUUCGAAGAUUUUUACACUGGAGAUGAAGGUCCGCUUGAUGCAGGAUAUUGCUUCAGAAUUUUCAAUAAAGUGGGACUCCAAAGCUUUUGAGCUGAGGAUGUCAAAAUCAGUUGCAUUUGCUCAGGGAAAAAAUACAGUCAAGCAUAAUCAUCCGACAGAUAAUAAACCAUUACAUGAAAAUGAUGCGGCCUCGAAAGGAGUCAAACAUGAUAUUUUUUUACAGAGAAGUCCUGGCUAUCCAAAUGAUGAGCACAGACUCCACUAUGGCAAGGAAGCUGUUGUUUCGAAAAGAGAUGAAAAUGAUCUUCGUUCUAAAUCCAAACAACCUGAAAAUGGAUUCAAUCAGCCAAAUAGUUGUGACGAGGUCUAUCAGAAAAGGGAUGGUCGCAGUGAUCCGUCACCACAAAGGGUAGAUGUUACAUCUAAGAAGAGUGAUAGAGGAUAUUGGAAGGAGGGUAGUAUGCUAAAACCAACUGGAUCUUCAUCUCAGGAUAACAUAGUGGAACAAUUCCAAGGUGGUUCCAAUCUGCAUAAUAGUUGGGGGAAUGCCAUCCCUUUAAGAGAAAGCAAGGACACUGCCACUUCUAGGAAGUCUCCUGGUCGUGCUGGAUUUCCUUCAAGUAACAAUGCGAAUGAACCAUUUGCUCAUGGUGGCGUACAUGAGAGACAAGCCCAAAGGGAUGAAACUCCUAGGGUAAAGUCCUACUACAAUAAUGCCAUCCCACCCCCUUAUGUCAAGCAUAACUCUAAACGCACCAUACGUGAAAACAACUUGGUAUCUUCUGGCAUCCCUGCAUAUCCUUCAGCACCGGAGAAUCCCAAUGCUGGGUCCUCAUCUGAGAGGACCCAGUUGGGUUCGGAUAAUUCUGAACAAGAUCAGCAGGCCAAUGGACAUUCAAGACCAAAUAAACAGAGUCAUGAAAACGAGCUAUCUGUUCGUGAAGAUGCUGCAGAAUCCCCUUCAUUAAAACACAAAUCUGUGAGGAGGAAGCACUCAAAAUCACGAUCUAAUAACGACGAUGGCAGUAAUGAAGAUGCUGAAGUUGGUAGAAAAUCAAGGAGCAGGAGACGAGAUGAAUCAAAGCGUGGCUUGCAAAUCUUGUUUGAUGAUGAGCGGCAUAAGACUGAUGAAGAUGAGAGGAUAAUAGAUAGGUUGCUGAUCCAUUAUAGCAAAAAGCCAUCCAUCCCUUUGCCUGAAAAAUCAAGAAGAAAGUCUAAAACUCGCCAUGGACAUCAAAUUGAUAACUCUUCUGUGAAAAAUGGAACCUUAGGAGGACCUGAUGAGACACCAGGGAUUGCGACUCAUCCACCGAGAUCAGCAUCCCUUCCUCAUGAAGAAUCAGGAGCUAUGGAAGUUAACAAAGUCAAACUAUUCAAUCGUGCUGCUACGUUUCAGGCAGAUGGAUCAAAAGAAGCUCGGCAUGUGCAUCCCAAGUUACCUGACUAUGAUGAUUUAGCUGCUAGGAUGGCAGCCUUGAGAGGAUCAUAACGCAUAAAAUUAUAAUGAAUAAGUUCCUUCUUUAUUAGCAUAUUGUUGGUGAUUGCAGUGAUUAUGAUCGUGGUGCUGUGGUAUCAUCUGAAGUGUCGGUAUUGAUGAAGAUUUCCCAGGUGGGAUUAUAAUUGCAGAUUGUUGACUAUUCCGUUAAUCCAUUUCUGUACCUGGUUGACAACAGUUCCUUCUUUAUUAGCCAUGGCCUUACCCGUGUUGGUUGACAACAGUUGCUCUGCAUCGUCUCUACUAAUGGAGGUAGCAUAGGUGUUUUAUACGCAACAUUUUGACCUUUCAUGAUUGUGAAAGUUUGUAAUAGAAAUGGAUCGUAUUCCUAUCUUCUGCGAGUUGAGGAUAUGAGAAAAGUGCGUUACGUGUA